AUGCAGCCUCUGGCUUGCACAUGCGGGCGCCGCUUCAAGAAAGAGCAGGAUCUACGAGAGCACAGAAGUGCUGUAAGGCGGUCCAUCUGCAGCGAAUGCAACUUAUGCCUUCGCACAAAACGCAAGCUCGAGGAACAUAGAGCCUCUUCCUUUCCGGCUUGCGGUCAAAAGCGGAUGAAAGAUGCGGUUUGGUGCUGUAACGAUUGCGACGCAAAGUUUGAUACUGAGGCUGCACUGCGCCAACAUUCUACUUCGGUCAGACACGCCGUGGAGUUUGGCUGCUGUGACUGCAAUAAGAGUUUCAAGAAUUUCAUUGCCUUGAAUCAGCACCUCCGGGAUAAAAUCCAUAAGGAGCCGCAGUUGAAGAAGGCUCACCACUACUGUGAAGAAUGCGAUCGCUCGUUCGGUACUGCUGCUUCGUUAAAACAGCAUCUGCAGUCUACCAUCCAUCGCCCUAUUAGCAACUUGACUUGCAUGGCUGGCAAGAUUUGCGGCGUGGAAUGCAAUGCUCAUUUCAGCAGCCCUUCGGCCAUGAUUGCUCACAUGGAAAAUGGCUCUUGUCAGUCAGGCAUGAACCGGCAGAAGCUCAACAGAUUGGUACUUGUGCAAGACAACGAUCAUCUCAUUACUAGUUCCAGCGGAAUCUUUGAAUAUUCGGGUUGGACUAGCCUGGAAAACGACGAUGGAUCGGUGACUUGCUCGGGAGUCAUGACGCCAAGUACAGAUUCAGAUGAAGGAGUGCUUUUGACGCCGAGCAGCAGCCACGUUGAUUUUGGCAGCCUCGUAGAAGGACAACUGGCAAGACGUUCAUCAUCCGGGAUAGAAACCGAGUCUAUAACAAGCGACAGCACAGAGCUUUCCAAGCAAAAGUUUUUCUUCUGUCCUUUAUGUCCCGAUACCAAACGCCCAUUCCUGACGCGCCUGAGUUUGGAUAUGCACAUGAGUUCCGCGGCUCAUACGCCCAAAAUGUUCCACUGCCCUUCAAUCCUGUUCUCGGGGAAACCUGGAAAAGCCCACCGAGAAAUGAAGAAUUUCUCGACGGUUAGCGGGCUCGUAGCACACAUUGAGAGCGGUGUCUGUCAUGGUGGAAAGGCCGGGCUGCGAAUGGUGAUGGAGCACAUGGAACAAGUGCUGGAGGAGAUGGGCAUAUCGUUUAAGCUGCUGAGCCUAUGA